GGCUUUGAAUAAGAACACAAUAUCGUCAAGAUACCAGACGUAGUAGUUUGUGGAUCAAAAUGGCCAGCUUUACUCGUCAAAUUUUGGGAUUUUCGUCUCCUUUGGUGCGGUGUUUACGAUUACAUAGAUGUACAUCCCGGUAUAUCAGUGUCUGCAGCACUACACAACCACAGACUGAGAAUGUGUCAAGGCAUCUUCAAUGUGCAAGGUUACAUCAUCAAGGAGUACGCCAUGUGAUCCCUUUUAGAAACAUUCACACUGCAACAGCUUUACGAUCUGAUGUAGUGCAGUUCAAACUAUCCGAUAUAGGGGAAGGAAUAGCAGAGGUAACUGUCAAAGAAUGGUAUGUGAAAGAGGGCGACAUAGUAGCACAGUUUGAUAGUAUCUGUGAGGUACAAAGUGACAAGGCUUCAGUCACCAUUACAAGUCGUUAUGACGGUGUGAUAAAGAAGAUCCACUAUGAGAUUGAUGACAUUGCGAGUGUCGGUGACCCCCUCGUGGAUAUACAAGUGGCUUCAGAGGCCAAACAAGAUGGGGAAAAGGAAGACGCAUCAUCCAGUGACAGUGACAGUGAUAGUGACAGAGAAGGUGAUGUAACCCAAUCUACAGGGAAUAGCGCCCCCGAUAGUGCGCGCAGUGUAAGAGUAUUGGCCACUCCAGCCGUCAAGAGACUUGCAAUGGAAAACAAUAUAUCAUUGGUCGAUGUGACUGGAACAGGCAAGGAGGGAAGGGUCCUCAAAGAAGACAUGCUCAAUCACAUAGAAAUGCUUCAAAGUGCUAGCAAACCACCAAUGACAGCAGCACCACCCGUCCAGCAAGUUUCUGCUUUCCAAUCCCCUCCUCAAACACAAACCCUUCCCCCUGCAUCUGCAUCGGUCAUGCCCCCACCAAGGCCUGCCCAGCCAGUGGUCAUAGGCAAAGACUACACAGAGCCCAUUACAGGCAUCAAGAAGGCCAUGGUGAAGACAAUGACGGCUGCUAAUACGAUACCACACUUCGGUUAUUGCGACGAGAUUGACGUCACAUCUCUCAUGCUGCUUAAAGGAAUCAUGAAAAAGACGGCAGCUCAGAGAGGAGUACAGUUCUCCAUGAUGCCGAUGUUUAUUAAGGCAGCUUCUAUGGCUCUCAAUUUCUUCCCUAGUCUCAAUGCAAGUGUGGAUGAAUCUUGUGAACAAAUGACAUACAAGGCAAGUCAUAAUAUUGGCUUUGCUAUGGAUACCCCACUCGGUCUUCUAGUGCCUAAUAUUAAGAACGUUCAAGGGAGGACAAUCUUUGAGACAGCUCAGGAGUUGAAUCGUCUCAUAACGCUCGGUAAUGAAGGGAAACUUGGUUCGGAUGACCUCAGCGGAGUGACGUUCACACUCUCCAAUAUCGGAACGAUUGGUGGGACGUAUGCCAAGCCAGUUUUAAUGCCCGGCACUGUGGCCAUAGGAGCAAUUGGGAAAGUCCAGGCUCUUCCUCGUUUCGACGAAGACGACGAGGUAUACAAAGCAUUUAUUAUGAACGUCAGCUGGUCCGCCGAUCACAGAGUCAUCGACGGCGCAACCAUGGCAAGAUUUUCCAAUCUGUGGAAAUCUUAUUUAGAAGAACCAGCGACGAUGACCCUAGAUCUGAAAUGAUAAACUCCCAAGUGGUUGCAUGUAACUGAUGGUCCAAAGUGGUAAGCUGAUCUGCUUGAUAUGGCCAUGGGCUACCACCAAUCCACCACACUCCAGCUGAGUUUGACCUCGUAAUGUCACAUUGUAUACAACCUACAUAGCUGUAUCAAUUGCCUAGAGGAGCUAAAUAUGGUGUCAACAGCCUACGUACUGUGUGUAACAGUUUUGGGCAUCAAAGUUAGUUUUGUACGGGCCCAAUUUCAUAGAGCUGGUUAAGCAGAAAAUGUUACUUAAACAUUGUCUGCUAAGCAGAAAUGAGCAAGAU